GCAGUCGUCUGUGGCGGUCCGCGCGCGGCGUCAGUCGAGUGCCGUGGAGCGGGCGAUACCUAUUACUUACAUUACCCGUUCCGUCGGUACGCAAACCGACGUAACGAUGAUAGGCCGCCACCCGUUCCGAUGACCGCUGUGUCCGAGGACGGGUAUGCGUACUGUGUAUGCAAUAUAUACCUGUGCUGUAUAUAUUGUAUAGUUGAGGGACAGUGCGAAAGGGAGGCCAAAAAGAUUGAUAUAAUCAUUGAAGACAUGUAUCUGUUUGGGUCCGCACAGCGAGCCUUUCCCAUGAAUAACAAGGAUAUGAAAGAGUUUUGCAAGAUUAACAAUGACUAUCAGCUUGAAAUCAAAAAUUAUUCGGAGAAAUGUUUGGAAACACUGAGCAAACGUCUGAUCAGUUUAAUGAUGUACAGCAUAUCGAAGAACAGCGGCGGCACCUGUAGGUCAAAGCGCCGGACAACAGAGUUUCUGACCAAUGGUAAGUGCGGUAAUGCCGCCCAACGCGACAAUAGAAAGUGCUGGCACAAGUGGCUACACGAGCUUGAUGGUAUCAAAACAAUAACCGAGUACAAACUUAAAGUGCCCUUAUCGUGCUGCACGUUCUACAAAAUGAGAUCGUGUUUCGCGCGUACAUACGAUCAAAAGCGUAAGGAAUGUACGAAAAAGUCUGCCGACGGGUUGGAGAAACUGCUGGACGUUUACGCGACCGAAACGCUGUCAUUCCUGUGCGGCGACUAUCGGGACGACAGCGACAAAUGCGACAAAAUUGUGCCCAAAAUACCCAAAACUAAGAAUAAUGACAAAACCAAUUCGCCCAUCACCAUUUUAAUUAGCAUAUUGAAUAGUGUCCCUGAUGGCAGUGUUUAAUUGAUGUUUGUUUGCGUUGGUUAACGUUUGUUUUAAUUAAAUUAAGCAUGUUUGUGUGUCUGAUUGUAUGUGGUA